CGAAAAACAAGUCGGAGCUGAGCUGAUAAAACUGUAAACAAAUCCCAUAACAAAUCACAGAAAUGCAUAAAAGCUAACAUUAGCUGAAAGCGGGUUGUGCUAUGGAAGUUUGGGAAAAACGGAGGCUCUAGAGUCAGCUAGCACAGCAAGGAUUAAAAUACCCAAAUCUUUAUAUGACGAAACCAUUUCCUAUGUAUAAAUCUAGCGGCAUGUGAUCUUUCACCAGAAAAAAAAAACAGGGUGGGGAACAAUUCCCUCUUUUAUAUAUAGUUGCUGCUCAAUACAAGCAACAAAAAUCUUCUAUCCAAGCAUGGGGUUCUUCAGAAAUGGCCUGUUGUGGGUAAUCAUGCUUUUUGCAAUUAAUGAAGUCUGGGCUGACCCUUCAGAUACUAUCAUUAAGGCUUGUAGUAAUGCCUUAUAUAGAGACUUCUGCAUUUCAUCUUUGUCCAAAGCACCGGGGGCUUUGGAGGCAGAUUUAACCCAACUUUCUGUUAUUGCAGUCAAUUUGUGUAUUGAAGAGGCAAAACCAGUUUGUGAUUUCAUAGUAGACCUGAGAGAAAGAAAUCCCAAUCUUUCUGCCCUUGAAGACUGCAUGGAGCUCUUGGAAGAUACAAGGGAUCGGCUUCAUGACUCAGAGUCAGAAUUAAGGCAAUUGUCUGGUGCCAAUUUGAUGGAAUAUAUGUCAGAUGUGCAGACAUGGCUGAGUGCUGUAGAGACUAAUCAAGAAACUUGUGUCACUGGGUUGCAAGAAACCCAGGCUUCUGAAACCAUGGUUUCCACUGUCAAGGUUAAGACAGAUAAUCUGACCAUGUUAAUUAGUGAUGCUCUAGCUGUUGUUAACAAGCUUGGAGAGCAGGGACAUAUUUGAGUAAUGGGUACUUUAUGUUUUACAGUUUGCUAUUUGAGAUUCUUUGUAUAACAUCUCUAUAUAAUAAUAAAAGACUGGUUUUUUUGUUUUGUGAGA